AUGAAUCUGAUAAUAUUGAAGUUGCUUUUAUUAUGUACAUUCAUAUGUGUGUGUCUCGCUAAUGGGGGCCGUCCCAUGGCAGAUGAAUACAUGAAAGAUGAGAAUAUUUAUGAGUUGAACCCGUCAAAUUUUGACAAAGUAAUACAUAAAUCGAACUAUACAUCGAUAGUGAAGUUUUAUGCCCCGUGGUGUGGGUAUUGUCAAAAGAUAAAGCCAGUUUAUCGCAAAUUAGGAAAGUAUUUACAUGAAGAUGGCCAAUAUGCUGUAAAUGUUGCUGCUGUGAACUGUGAUAACCCGUCUAACAGAGCACUUUGUUCGGAAUAUAGAAUUAGUGGGUUUCCCACUAUAAUGGUCUUCAGGCCUCCAAAGUACUCAGGUAAAAAAUCGAAGACAAAUCAAAAGCAUGUAGCGGAAACGUAUAAUGGAGAAAGAAGCUUAAAGGCUAUAACAUCGCAUGUUGCUUCGAGAGUCAAAAACUACGUGAAGUCAUUUCCAAAUUUGAAAAGCGAGCGAUUCAAGACAUGGUUGAAGUCUGAUGAGGACAUUAGUAAGGUGGUCUUAAUUGCGAAAUCGCAGUCGGUUAGCCUUUUGUAUAAGACAUUGGCAAUAGAUUUCCUUGGCUCAAUGAAAUUUGGAAUGAUAUCUGGUGUGACUUCUUCAGAUAUGAUGAAUGUAGAAGGCAAAGAUGUUGAAAUAAAGGAGGAAGAUUUGCCACAGUUGUUCGUUUACCAGUCUGGAACCUUUAUUAGAUACGAAAAACCGGAUAAAUUGAACAAAGCGCAUAUAACUGAGUGGCUUAUUAAAGUAACAGGCAACCAACCUCAAGAGGGCACCUUAUCAAAGAAAGAUAAAAAGUUUUACUCCAAAUAUAGAAAAGACAAAAGAGGAAAGAAAACUUCGCCACACGAUGAGCUAUAA